UGCCGCGCAUUUCCCCAAAGGAAAUAAAUCAUGCCACUAGACUUUGAUGUAGAGACAUUUCUUCACAACCUCAAGGCAACCAAGCCGCCAUAUGAGUGUCCGGUGGAGAGCUGCGGGAAGGUGUACAAGAGUUUCUCUGGAAUCCAGGUGCAUCUGGAGAACUAUGACCACAGCAUCCCCACACCAGUGUCUCAGUCCAAGUCAGCGCGUAAGAAGGGGAAGGCGCGGCGCGGCGGCCAGGCGGCCGACCGGUCCCCCUCCCCAGCGCCCGUGCUUCCCGUGAAGGCGCAGCGCGAGCCACGCAUCAGCUAUGUGGACGCCACCAAGAUGCUCGAGUACGAGACCGACGGCGGCCUGCUGACCUUCAGUAUCUAUGACAACCUCACCAUCAUGUCCAAGACCGAGUACGAGGCGCUGGUGCCUCCUCCCCCGCCGGACCCGGUGGCCAGUCCUGAACCCGGUCAGCCGGCGGCCGCCGCGGCCCGGCACGGCACGCCGCGGCCGCCGGGCCGCUCGGCCAGCGGGGAGACAGCCACGCGCCACCCGAGCCAGUCCGGGGACGAGCGGCGGCACCGGGCGCUGCCCGAGGCGGCCUUCUCAGAGGACGACGACUACCAGCUGGACGACGCGCCGCCCAUGCCGACCAACUACAUACGCUUUAUCGAGAAAUCUCUGGACGAGCUGGAUGAGGAGGUAGAGUACGACAUGGACGAGGAAGACGUGGCUUGGCUGGACAUCACCAACCAGCAGCGCGCCGAGCGUGCGCUGGCACCAGUCAAAGACGCCGACUUCGAGCUGCUGAUGGACAGACUCGAGAAGGAGAGCUACUUCCAGGCGCAGACGACGGUGGGUACGAACGUGGCGCCGAUCGACGAGGAGGCCGUCUGCUGCAUCUGCAUGGACGGCGAGUGCGAGAACAGCAACGUGAUCCUGUUCUGCGACAUGUGCAACCUGCCCGUGCACCAGGAGUGCUACGGCGUGCCGUACAUCCCCGAGGGCCCCUGGUGGUGCCGCCGCUGUCUCCAGUCGCCCUCCCGAGCCGUCGACUGCGUGCUCUGCCCCAACAAGGGCGGCGCGUUCAAGCAGACGGACGAUAACCGGUGGGCGCACGUGGUCUGUGCCCUCUGGGUGCCCGAGGUGUGCUUCGCUAACACGGUGUUUUUGGAGCCGAUCGACAGUCUGGACCGCAUCCCGCCGGCCCGCUGGAAAUUAUCUUGCUACAUCUGCAAACAGAGGAACGUGGGCGCCUGCAUACAGUGCCACAAGGACAAAUGCUACACAGCGUUUCACGUGACGUGCGCGCAGCAGGCGGGCAUGCAUAUGAAGGUGGACGCCAUUCGCGAGACGAGUAGCACGGGUACCUCGUUCAUAGUGCGGAAGGCGGCCUACUGCGACAUCCACACGCCCAUCGACUCGGACGCGAAGCCGCAGCUGGACGAGGCGCCGAUGGACUCGGCCCGCAAGGCGCAGGCCAAGGCCGAGUCGCGACAGAAGAUGAGGAAGGCGCGUAAGAUCCUGGCCGAGCGUCGGUCGGCGCUGCCAGUGGUGUCGGUACCCACCAUACCGCCCGAGAGAGUGCAGCACCUGGCCUCUCUGAUCGAGUGCCCCCGCAAGAACCACUUCAUCCAGCGUCUGCUGGCCUACUGGACGCUGAAGCGCUACUCGCGGUACGGCGUGCCUCUGCUCCGACGACUGCAGGUGUCGGCCAAACAGGCCCGGCGAGCAGACUCCGGCGGACGUGACCCGCUCCAGGACAAGAACGAGAUUCGUGAGCAGAUUAAGUACUGGCAGCGGCUGAGACAGGACCUGGAGAAGGUCCGCCUGCUCUGUGAGCUCAUCAGAAAACGGGAGAAAACCAAACGAGAACUCAUCAAAGUCUCAGAGCGGGAGCGCCGUCUGCGUCUUGCACCGCUGCAGUUCUUCCUCGAGGGAGUGGUGGAGCAGAUCAGCGCCCGAGACCAGGGCGGCAUCUUCGCCGAGCCGGUGGACACAGAUGAGGUGACCGACUACCUGUCGGUGAUCUCGGAGCCGAUGGACCUCUCCACCAUGGCGCGCAAGGUGCGACAGCACGAGUACAGCUCGCUGCCCCAGCUAGUGGCCGACUUUGACCUGAUGAUCCAGAACUGCCUCACCUACAACGGACCGGCCACGCUCUUCUACAAGGCCGGCGUCAAACUGAGAGACGCAGGCGGCGCGGUGCUGCGGAAGGCGGCCCGCGAGAUGGAGCAGAUCGGCUUUGACUCGGAGACGGGUCUGCUCCUGACUGAGCGGCCGCCGCAGCACGACGAGACGCUCACUGACGAGGACGUCCUCGAACAGGUGGACCAGUUUCUGUCGAGCUCGUACCGUGAGACGAUGAAUGACGAGGAGCAGAUGGACGCUCUGCUGCGGCACCUGGACCGGGUGACCGAGCUCAGACACGGCGGAUCGCGCGUCAAGUGGACCAAGGCGCUACGUGUGGAGAUCUCCAAGCUGCGCCGGAAGAAGGCGCUGGCGCUGACGGGCGCCACGCCGGGCCGCCGUCCGGCGCCGGCCACCCCGGCCACGCCGUCCCAGCCGGGAGGCCACAAACGGAGGCGGGGUCACUCGGGGUCGUCAGGCUCAGACGACGACUCGUCGGACGGUACGGAGGAGCCGGCGGAGACGGCCUCUGGACGCUCCAGAGACCCGUCUCCCCACGAGACAGAGCCGCAGAAGUCCCCUCCGGCGCCGCAGAAAAAACGGGCCCGUACCGCCGCCACCGAGGAGGGCUCGCCGGCCGACCCAAAGUCCGCCGCCGGCCGCCGGACCGUGCCGGGGAAGCGGGGCCGGCCCAGUGGGCGCCGCCCGCAGGCCAGGGGCGCCUCUACCGGCGGUGGCGGCGGCUCCUCGGGCGGCGAGAGUCGGGACGGCACCGAAGGCGGCGGGGAGGGCUCUGAGGCGCGGCCUGCGUCCCCCUCGGGCGGACGGCGACAGGGCGGGGGCGGCCGGCCGGCCGUCGGCGGCGCCGCCUCCAGUCCCGCCGGCGUCAACCGGCGGACGGCCGUGCUGUUCACCAAGAAGGCCGCCGGGAUGAAGGGGAGUCCGUCGCCGCAGAAGAAGGACGGCAGGAGGAAGUCGCGGUCCGGUCCGAGCCAGGCCGCCGCCGACGACCAGGAAUCGGCUGGCCGCUCGAAGCCGUCGUCGUCGGGCGGCGGUCCGUCUCUGGCCAGUCGCGGGUCGGAGGAGCGGGACAGCGGGGACGACUUCCAGCCGCGCCACCGGGCCAGCUUCACUCAGUACCGACAGGGCAGAGACGUGGCCCCCGGCUCUGACGAGGACACGGCCAGCGAGCCGGACGAGCUGCCGCCGCCCGGCCUGGAGACUGGAUCAGAGGACUCCGAACUGGACUCUGAGCUCGAGGACGCCGACAUCAGCAGCUCCGAGAUCCCGCUGGAGCCGCUCGACAUCGUCUGGGCCAAGUGCCGCGGCUUCCCCUGGUACCCGGCGCUGAUAAUCGACCCGAAGAUGCCUCGGACGGGCUACUUCCACAACCUGGUGCCGAUCCCGGUGCCGCCCGAGGACGUGCUGGCUCUGGCGGCCAACCACACCAGUCCCAUGUACCUGGUGCUCUUCUUCGACGCCAAGCGCACCUGGCAGUGGCUGCCGCGCACCAAGCUGGAACCACUCGGCGUGGACCCGUCCCUCGACAAGGCCAAGCUAGUUGAGUCGCGUAAAGCCAACGACAGGAAAGCAGUUAAGACCGCCUACGAGAAGGCGAUCCUUCACCAGUGCCGCGUCACUGGCAAGAGCGCCAAGUUCAGUCUGGAGGACAAGGACAAGUCGGCCGUGGACGUCUACUACAAGAAUAUGACCUGAGCGCGGUCAGUCCGGCCGCCGGCAGAUGGGGAGGGGUGGGAAGGGGGGCUCCCUCCCCAGUGAGGUCGCGGGAGAGACGGGAGAGGGAGAGGGAAUGCCAGAGGCACUUCAUCCCAGUGAGAUUGUGUGUACAAAGAUGGCACCGUAUACGUUCCCGGAGUGAUGGCCAGAAGGUAGCUGAAAUAUUUUGCUCGAACACGUAAAUCAUGACUACACGUUUAAACCCCUACACUUCCCUAGAUGAGGAAGGUAACACGGAAGCUGAUAACGCCCAGCACUGUGUAGCCCGGGUAGUCCCGUUCGGGGGGGGGGGGGGUGAGGGUGCCGAGUUCUGCGGGCGACUCCGUCCCGUACCGUCCGACCCUCACCGCCAGGUGAGGCGGCGAGGGCCGGGAGUCGGGCCCCGGUUGUGUCCCGAUAGGCUGCCUCGUGGUUGGCGGGAACGUUGGACGUGUGAGCUCAUGUAGCGUGGGCGGCAUUUAUGGCACCAUACCGGGUACGCGUGGUCUCAUCAUGUGGCGAAUUACCCAGACUGUGAUGUGUGGCGGCGCUGUUAGCAUCUCAUCGUCUUCAUCGCAUUCAGUUCCCAUCAGCACCAUACGAGAGCGUAGGACGAUGAUGUGGCAUAAUUAGGAGGUGCUAUUUUUAUGUGCGCCGAUAAAACAUUUUCCGUAAAUAUACAGAGAAGUCUGA